ACUGGAACUUUCUGUGACAUUGCGUGGUUUACUCGAUUAAAUAUUUAUUAAAUUAGCGGGGCUAAUUAGCCGAAGAGCUCCAGAAAAAGAAGUGUGAGGGGUGUUUCCAGCUGAUCUGCACAACAGAAGGACCAGAGUGUCCCUGAGCAGCCCGACCUAUCUGCUCUCUUCUCCGGCUGCAGAGCAGGGCUGCCCGGCACCGGCCUCCGGCAGGUGUGCAUCGCCUCCCCAGGUGUUUAAAUCGGGAUUAAAAACGAGGAAAAAGCCGGGGGGAUCCUCGGUGUCCCCCCCCCCUCUCCUUCUCCCUGCUCCUUCCCGCUCCUCCGCGCUCCUUUAGCCGCCAGUUAGCUGCCGUGAACCGGUGCUGUGGGUAUCUGUUGGCCCGGACCGGACUGUCAUGAUCUCAGCGCGGAGAUGGCGUCCUUCCCCGGUUUGUGUAAGGCUGUCGGGCCAGCGGAGGAGGAGAACGGAGAGUCGGACGGGUCUCUGCAGCAGAUGCUGAAGGCCAUCGCCGACGAGAGGAACCGACUCAACAUCCGACAGGAGGUCAGCGGACUCGGUUGUUUUAAGGAUGACCGCAUCGUGUUCUGGACUUGGAUGUUCUCCACGUACUUCAUGGAGAAGUGGGCUCCUCGGCAGGACGACAUGCUGUUCUACGUUCGCAGGAAGCUCGCCUACGUCAGCACCGACAACGCCGAGGGCAAAAAGGUGGAGGUGGAGGUUUACAGGAGAGACUCCAAGAAGCUGCCCGGCCUCGGUGACCCCGACAUAGACUGGGAGGAGAGCGUCUACCUGAACCUGAUCCUGCAGAAGUUGGACUAUGUGGUGACGUGUGCCGUCUGCACGCGCUCAGACGCAGGAGAUAUCCACAUCCACAAGAAGAAGUGUCAGGAAGUGUUUGCGUCUCCCAGCAAACACGCCAUGGACAGCAAAGGAGAGGAGUCCAAGAUGAGCUACCCCAACAUCUUCUUCAUGAUCGACAACUUUGAGGAGGUGUUCAGUGAUAUGACGGUGGGCGAGGGGGAGAUGGUGUGCGUGGAGCUGGUGGCGAGCGACAAGAGCAACACGUUCCAGGGCGUCAUCUUCCAGGGCUCCAUCCGCUACGAGGCGCUGAAGAAAGUCUACGACAACCGGGUCAGUGUUGCUGCUAAAAUGGCCCAGCGGAUGUCUUUUGGCUUUUACAAGUACAACAACAUGGAGUUUGUGAGGAUGAAGGGUCCACAGGGAAAAGGUCACGCCGAGAUGGCUGUCAGCCGGGUGCCGACAGGUGACACCUCCCCCUGCGGCACCGAGGAGGACCAGGUGUCACCCAUGCACGAGAGGGUGACGUCCUUCAGCACGCCUCCGACCCCCGAGAGGAACCGACCCUCCUUCUUCUCUCCGUCUCUGAGGCGUAAGAUGCCCCGAAACCGAAUCGCCGAGAUGAAGAAGUCUCACUCUGCCAACGACAGCGAGGAGUUCUUCAGGGAGGAGGAAGACGAAGAUCUUCACACGGCCACCAACCUGCGCUCUCGCUCUCUGUCGGGGACGGGUCGCUCUCUGGUCGGCUCGUGGCUCAAACUGAACCGAACUGAAGACUACUUCCUGCUCUACUCACACCUGACCUACGUCACGCUGCCGCUGCACCGCAUCACCGCAGACAUCCUGGAGGUGAGGCAGAAGCCCAUCCUGAUGACAUAGCAGAGCUCGACUCUCCUCAGAGCAUCACUACCAAGUGCCUCCCUGCAUCAGGCCACUGAGACGACGGCGCCCCCCGCUGUCCAGCCCGAGACCAACAACCAAACAUCUGCUUCACCUGGAGACGGAGGAGAAACGUGUUCAGAGGGGACGACACACAAACCAGCCAUCCAAGAAGUGCCUCUUCUUCUUCUUUUAAGUUCCCGCUGUGUCCUGCUGGCGUUAUCGCAGGCGGGGGGGGGAGGUUGUCUCCACGGAAACGGGCCCAGUGUCAAGGAUCACAUGACCUCAGUGUGAAAAAGGCAAUUGGCUGAACUCUGACCAGGAAGGAUGUGAAGAAUGUGUGUUUUUUUUUUUUUUUCUUCUUGUAAAUAUCCUGCUGCUUUACUCACUGAGACGCCUUGAAAAAAAGGUUCUGCUUUUAAUGACGACGCUCCGUUCGACUCGUGGUGGAGUUUGUUUCUUCUUCAUUUGUGAAUCUACGGCGACGAGAGGUGGAAGGAUUCUGCGUCUGACUUGUUUAAAAUGAAAAGUGUUUUUGUAUGAAAGAGAGAAAUGUAGAUGGCUUCGUUCUUAUUAGCAAACGCUGAGGGGGUCAAAUCCAUCUCUUCAUAUUUAUGACCGAUCAAUUAACAGUUAUUUUCAUUGAUUGACUUACAUAAUAUUCUAUUUUUAAUUAAUCAUUUAGUUUCAGACAGUAAAAUGUUGCUUUUUGUGUCAGAAAAAUGCUUCAAAUGUGCAAAAGUAUCAAAGAUACGAAACACAUUUGAGACCCUGUAAGUAUAAAUUUUGUAUUUUUGCUUAAUUAAAUGAUAUAAAUGAUUAAA